AUGUUAAGGAUCAAGCUACGGGUAACCUGUAGCGCUCGGGGACGUCAAGAAGACGUGGCAAGAGACGAUCGACAGAGCAUCAACUAUACAAUCCAAGGCACCGCAAGCGAAAUCUUCAAGAGAGCGAUUGUGGCACUUGACCAAAGUCGAAAAAGUGCAACGAGAAUAGUGAUGACCGUUCAUGACGAAAUCAUCGUUGAGUGUCCAUUAAAUGAAGAAGAUGACGUUAAACAGUGGGUGCGAUCAUGCAUGGAAAAUGUCUUUCCAGAAUUUCUUGUUCCUUUACCGGUCAAGAUUCGUUCGGGACCCAAUUGGGGUUCCCUUACUUGA